AUGUCAGAUUACGCCAAGUUAGUAGCCGAAUUAUCGGGAGAUGAUAUUUUGAGUAAGUGGAAUGAAGUUACCCCGUUAAAACAGAUUUCGGGGGUUCCGAAAUCAGCUGGUUCAAGCUCAGACGGUUCAGGCAUCGACGAAGGGAUAUUUGAAGGACACAACGAAGAACAAAUUAAAUUGAUGGACGAAUUGUGCAUUGUAUUAGACUACGAGGAUAAGCCUAUCGGAGCGGGUACCAAGAAAUUGUGCCAUAUAAUGACCAACAUCAACGAAGGGUUGUUGCAUAGAGCGUUUUCUGUGUUUCUCUUCAACGAGGACGGAAAGUUGUUAUUGCAACAGAGAGCUGAAGAAAAGAUUACAUUUCCAGAGAUGUGGACCAACACCUGCUGUUCACACCCAUUGUGCGUGCCAGAUGAAUUAGGUAUAACGGCACACGGUGGAAGCUCGAACCAAAACGACUUAUCAACCGCCAUCGCAGGAGCAAAGGUCGCAGCACAGAGAAAGUUAGAGCACGAACUAGGCAUCCCUUACGGCGAUGCUCCUCUUGCUGAUUUCCAGUACUUGACCAGAAUCCACUACAAGUCGCCUAGUGGGGGUGACGACUCCAAAUGGGGUGAGCACGAGAUCGACUACAUCUUGAUUUUAAGAACCAAGAACGAUAUUACUAUCAAUGCCAACUACAACGAGGUCAAAGAUUACAAGUACGUGAGCCAGGACGAAUUGAAGCAGAUGUUCAAAGAUGACUCGUUGGUCUUCACUCCAUGGUUCAAAUUGAUCUGCCAAACUUUCUUAUUCAAAUGGUGGGGUAAUUUGGACGACUUGCACUCUUUCAAAGACGAUGAAAUCCACCGCCUACUCUAA